UGAUCUUGUGUUUUUCCGUCGCUGUUUAAAAGGGGUUGUGUGCAUGUUUUCAGUUACGUGUGAAUUUUUUUCUUUUUAGAACGUUUACUGCACAUUGAAAAACGAGAAAUGUGUUUCCGCACAUUCCUCCUUAUGUUCAUAGUCCUUGCUGGGACCGCUGUGCAGAGCGAAUGUUUCUUCGACUGGUUUUUAGGCAGGUCCAGUGUCGUAACAGACGACAGCGAGCCUCACGACUUCAACAAAGACGGUACAAAAGUCCUCGUGCCAUUUGAGAUGAAGUCAGCCGAUGAUGAGUUUUUGCAAGAAGGGAAGAAGUACGGUCUGAAGCUGUCGUCAUUAGACGUUUGUCAUCACAGGAUAUUCUUGAGCCUGAAGGGUUCGUGCAGUUCAAUGACCGAAGAGGAAAUGGGAAAACUCAGCGUUCGCCUGUUGAAUUGCCAAUCUGCUGUUGAAGGUCGUCCUACAUUUCCAUGCACUGAUGAAAUGACGCUUCGCGACUGCACCAGAAAUAUGGACCAGCACACCUGGAAUUCGUACCACUUGGUAAGCAACAGGGCACGUGCCGUCUGUUUCUCAACAAGACAGCAACAGUUCUAUGCCAAGACUGAAAUGACCGUCAAUAAGCUCGUGUGGUCGUCGGAACAACAAGUCAGAGCCAUGUCCGAGCUGGAACGAAGUCAGCAGAAAGUCAGUUCGUUGACCAGUGAAACGCUGGACGCUGUGGCUUCCGGUCAUGUAAAACUUUUACUGGAGCAGGAACGCCUUACCCAGUCGCAGGGCAAGAUUCAGACUUUUGUUGAAGACAAUUUGGAGCAACUCACGAAAGAAAAAGCCCUUAUAGCUGCGGGCCAGAAAGAACUGGCUGCUAUGACGGAGGACGUUCGCAAAAGACUCGAUAAUGCCAGUAGCACGAUGCUGCAAAACGAACAACAGCGCCAAAGCAGUCAUCGUGACCUUCUGAGAGACCUCUCGGUUGUGCAGGAGAAAGCUAAGCUCGUGUACGAGAAGAUUGACAACAGCACAAAGAAGAUACUGGGCCGACACCACGUUGCCGCGGAACACUUGAAGGAAACACUGGAGAGCUUGUCUCAGAUAAAUGCCUCCAUAGCAUAUUUAUUCACGGUUGUGGAGAAGACAAGGUUAGAAGUUGAUGGAAAACUCAGCUGGGUGGCAAACCUCCUGCAAGGCACUGAUAAUCAGCUGUCAACAGUGUGCAUCUGCGUGUCCCACGUCCUCUACUUGCUGUCAGCCAUGUCUCUGGCUGCGUUCUUGAGAGUCCCGAUGACUUCUCGCGUCGUGAUGCUGCUCGUGGUACCCAUGAACGCGGUGGCGGAAAUCAGGCAGAGCUGUUGCCUCAACUUUGCCAGCCUUUCACUGCUUCUCAUCAUGUUUCUCUCGGUGGAAGGCGUGACGCGGGUCAUAGGGAAGGUACGCAGUCAUCGCUUUGUUCCUGCGCUCGACGACAAAGCUUGUUCGGAUGCAAGCACACAUCCAGUUCAUGCACGGUACAAAGAAGCUACAGCGACCCACACUAACAUACAUUCCGGCGACUCCCCUGCAGAGCUCCUUGUGCCAGCAACCCGUCGGUCCAGCCACAGACGGAAUUCUAGCAGCGCUAGUAGCACCUUGGAGGAUCUUGUUGACGGGCAUCGGGAGGGCAAGGAAAAUGAUGGCAAUGCUUUGAAUUCAAGUUCUGUCCUGGAUGAAGUCUGCAACUCCCUGGCUCCGAGCACUUCUACACCAAUGUCACCACCAUCACCACAGUGUUUUGCACCGGCCAGAGCCAGUAUGAUCAGGCGAGACCUGCUCAGCUAUCUCGAUGUCCCAUCCCGUAAUCGCAGAGUGUCUCCAGCAAGAAGUACCGGUUCUAACCUGUCCAGGCUGAGCAACAGGCGCAUCUGCAGCGGAUUGAACAAGUCUGGCGCACCUUGCAAGGGAACGUGCCUGAAGGGACAGGACUACUGCUAUCACCAUGCGGAGAACGGGGACGACGAGACCAGCUUGCUACGCGCCUAAAAGUAGUUCUUAUUUAAUGUUUUAAUGAAUUUUUGUGCAUGAAGGCUGAAAGGAUGCCAACAUUUUUUAGGUAUUUGAAGUAGUCAUUCCUACUGCUUUUUCCUACAUUGUAUCUUGCAUCUCUGUUUUUAGGACGCAAUCUAUACGAUGGAUUUAUACCAGAUUUAUAUGGAUGGAUUUAUACCCUUAAAAUAUGGAUUUUUACCAGAUUUUAGCGUAACACACAAGACUCUAAGAAUUGAGCAGUAGGUGAUAGGAGAGUACUAAUUGAACCAAUAUCAUACACCACCGUUGCUACUUCUAAUAAUAUUCCCAGUAGAUGAUACCUGUGCAAAGGCAGCUAAAGACAACACAUAACUUUCAAGGGACACAAGAAAUGCCCUGUAAUUAUAGAGAAGAAGCCUUACGAGUACUGCUGGUGGAAGACCUCUUCUGAUGCAGCAUGACUUUCAACCAAUGGUAGACAAACUUGCUUUGUAAGGCCAACACAAACUAAAAUCUACGGUAUCUUGCUUUAUACACUGCAAGAGACUGACUUGAGAAUUUCACUAAAGUGAACAGUGUGGAAGUGUGUAUACUUUUAUAUACUUUUACUCGUAGAAUAUGUGCGGCAGAGAACGUGCACUAGGAUGGAAUUUUAAUGCUUCUGCUUCAGAAGCUGCUGCUUGCUUGGCUUUUUUCUUUUUUUACCUUUGCACUUAUUCACUAAAGCAACAGUGAACAAACAAAUGAACAGGUCUGAUUUUAGCUUCAGCAGUGACUCUUUAAUGUUUUUAAAGAGUAUCCUUCGUCUUUUAAAAUAAUUACUAGUCUUUACACAUCUUGAUUUGUGUACAUAUUUUAUUUAUGCACAUUUUAUCCCAACCAAAUGUAUUCUGAGGAUAUACAAGUCCAUUUUUUGUGAUGAUUGCAUUAAAUGUUUUUUGGAUAAACUUAAAUUCAUGACACGUAUUGUAUGCCCAAAAGCACACACAACCUUUGUUACUGGCACGCAGCCAACGCCAUGGCAACAUCAUCGUUGCUCAUGUGAAAGUGCUCCACAGUUUGUAACAUAGCGAGCUGUACAAAAUAAAUGCGCACUAUUUUUCUGGA